GGGAGCACCUGCGAAUCUGCCCGCAAGGCUACACGUGCUGCACCAGCGAGAUGGAGGAGAACUUCGCCAACAAAAGCCGGAGCGAGUUUGAAGCCAUGACGAAGGAAGCGGGGCGCUCGGUGCAGACGAUCCUAACAGCUCAGUACAGAAGCUUUGAUGGUUAUUUCCAGGAUUUGCUGAACAAAUCGGAAAAGGCCCUUUAUGAGGCUUUCCCAACCAUGUAUGGGGAAUUGUACAUGCAAAACAUGAAGGUCUUCAAGGAUUUGUACAGUGAGCUACGCCGCUAUUACAGGGGCUCCAACAUCAACUUGGAAGAGGCCCUCAAUGAGUUCUGGACGCGCUUGCUGGAGCGGCUCUUCAAGCUGAUGAAUCCCCAGUACCACAUCACGGAUGAGUACCUGGACUGCAUGGUGAAACAUGCGGAGCAGCACAAACCCUUCGGGGAGGUCCCCAGGGACCUGAAGGUGAAGGCCACCCGAGCCUUCAUUGCCGCGCGCUCCUACGCCCAGGGCUUUCUUGUGGGCAGCGACGUGGUCAGAAAGGUCUCUCAGGUCUCCCUCAGCCAUGAGUGCACUCGUGCCGUAAUGAAGCUCAUGUACUGUCCCCACUGCCGGGGCAUGUCCAGCGUGAAGCCAUGCAACAACUACUGCCUCAACGUUGUGAAGGGCUGCCUGGCCAACCAAGCAGACUUGAACACCGAGUGGAAGUACCUGAUGGAUUCCCUGAUCGUAGUGGCUGAUCGGAUUGAUGGACCAUACAACGUAGACACUGUAAUAGGAACUAUUCACAUGAGGAUUUCUGAAGCUAUUUCUAACUUGCAAGAAAACAAAGACUCAAUCACAGCCAAGGUUUUCCAAGGCUGUGGAAAUCCCAAAAUCAACACAAAAGGCUCCAGUAGUGAGGAUAAGAAAAGGCGGGGGAAGGUCACGUUAGAAGCAAAAUCAUCUGCGCAGGCGCUGGAGAUGCUGGUUUUAGACGCCAAAGGAAACCUGACAAAUCUCAAGUCUUACUGGGUCACCCUGCCCAACGUGCUGUGCAGCAAGAAGGUGACGGUCGGCUCGGGAGCAGAUGACAAGUGCUGGAACGGGAUGACCAAGGGCAGUUACCUGCCCGAGGUGAUGGGGGACGGCCUGGCCAACCAGAUUAACAACCCGGAGGUGGAGGUGGACAUCACGAAGCCGGAUAUGACCAUUCGCCAGCAAAUCAUGCAGCUGAAGAUCAUGACGAACCGCCUGGGCAACGCCAACAUCGGGAACGACGUGGAUUUCCAAGACGCAAGUGACGACACGAGCGGCUCCGGCAGCGGUGACGCCUGUCCUGACGACGUCUGCGGCAAAAGACUCGCUAAGAGCCCCAGCACCCGGCCGCCCGAGACACACGCCAUUCCCAAGCAGUCGGGACACGGCGUCAGCGGGGCCAGCAGCAGAUCGUUGCCUUCUGCCUUCCUCAUCCUCCUCUCAGUGGCUCUCUUGGCCGCGCAGCACUUGUGGCGGUAACUCACUAGCUCAGCCGGGAAAGAGACUGCGGCCGAGGGCUUCACUUUGCCAAAACCAACCACCCGACCGACCGACAAAAAGGACAUAUUUAAUUCACCUUGGCAAGAAAAAAAAAAAAAAGAAAAAAAAAAAGAAAAGGAACGAGGGAGGAGAAAAAAGUUUCAGUUGUUUGCUA